CUCCGACACAAGAUCCUCGCUCGAGGGGCUGGUUGCUCGACUGCAGUUCAUGUGCCGCUUCAGCAUGACAGCGUCGCUGCUGUCCGCUCUGGUGACCUUGUCCCUGGGCGUUUGGACAGUCUACAGCCUGUACACGCCGGAGGGCAUGGUCGGUGCAUCGAUUGUCUUUGCGACUCUGGACCUACUCUGCUUCCUGCCGUGCCUCGGUCUUCCAAUCUGGUUCCACACCAUGGCCGUCGCCCGAUCGCUGUCCGGCAGUGGCGAUCCAGCUGGUGGACAAUCCGCACAGGAUGUUGAGGCGAGUAUGAACCCCAAGUUUGACAGGGAUACGAUGGCAAGCUACUACUCCGAUGGGACUCCUCGAGAAGCAGCGAGGGACUGUGACUACCAAGCCAGCCCCUACAGCAUCGAACGAAGCAUCUCUCGAGUCGACUCUGCGAUGCUGGAUUCCCAGGAACCGAGCAACGCCGCCGCAGAGAGGCCCGCUCCUAAAGCGGUUUCAGUCGAGUGUUCGGACCGCUACUUUUCGCCACCGCAGCGCCACUAUGCCAAGAACUCAUUCUUUGGGUACACAUCGAAGAUCGAAGACCUGGAGCGUGAGCUCGACCGCUUCGGCCAACACCUAAAAGGUUCGCCGAAUCCAGGAGCGCCCGGCUUUGGACUGCCGACACAGCUGCCCUUCGCUGUGCGCCGCACAUGCUGAGGACACAGGGUGGAGUUUUGCGGAGAGCGUCGAUAAGCUUAUAGCACAGUAUCAGCAGCAUAAAAGCUCUCGGUAGCGGCUCGAUUUAGCCGCUGGCUGUAUGACUGUCAGUCGC